AUGGGAGCUAAUCAAUCCAUUAGAUUAAAAUCGUCAAGAAAACAGUAUCAGUCGUGUCAGAGAAAAAACAGUCGCGGCAGCCAAGAUAGUGGAGAUUCGAAUGUCGAUUUAAAUUUAGUUACUAGCAAUGGACGAAUAUUCCUCAAGAACUCUAAUAAUGAAUAUUUGUUAGCAGUGGAUGAUAUAGAAGCUGACAGAUUGCAUAAAAGACAUCAUACACAGUGGCACGUUUGGAAAUCGCACUUCUCUUCCCCAGUAAAAACGCUGUUAAAUCUGGGUAAUAUGAAUGUACUUGACGUAGGCUGUGGGCCAGCCACGUGGUUGAUGGACAUGGCGACCGAAUAUCCUCAGUCACAUUUCACGGGUGUCGACAUCGUGCCACUAUACCCAGCGGAUCGCAUGCCAGACAAUCUCACCUUCAUACAAGCCAAUGUUAUGGAGGAUUUGCCGUUUGAAGACGGUUCGUUUGAUUAUAUUUAUGUAAACGAUCUUCUGGCUUAUUUUCCGGGAAAAUGUUGCAAAGAACAAAUAUUUCCGGAUUUAUUAAGACUUUUGAAACCGGGUGGUUGGUUAGAGAUAACGGAAUACGAAAGAAAAUUAUAUGAGACUGGUCCAAAUACCGAAUUUCUCAUGGAUAAAUUGUCCACCGUUUUUCAUAACCGUGGAGCCAGUGGAAUUCCAGUAUAUGAAAUUCUUCCUGAUCUAUUUCAAAAUGAUGAUGAUCUUAUUGAAUUUCGCCGCGAAGACAAAUUUGUGAAAUACUGUGACUUCCAAUUAACAAUUUCAGAGUUCACAUACGUAUUUAGCACUUUAAAGAAUAUGAUAUUGGAAUUUACCAGUAUGAAUUCGGCUAAAUAUGACGAGAUACUUUCUUGCGCAUGCAAGGAACUCCUGAAACAUAAAACAUCAUUUCAUGUGACAAGGUUUUACGCCCAAAAACGAACGAAAGAGCUUCAACUUAUCUGA